AUGAUGGAGUCUCGUCGACACACUCCCCAACAGUUUUCGUCAGCGGGUACCAGCGACGCGGAAGAGUCUAGGGCCCAUGACGAAUAUUUUGGGCGCACGCGUUCAAACUUGCAAACUAUAUCUCCUCCACUCUCAUCAUCUCCCGAUACGUCUCUCGAGACAUCUUCUGAACUAGAUCUACCGCGAUUUGACGACGUUUUCAAUGACCUCGUUGAGCAACACAGAGCUUAUGUGGAUAAAACCUUUUGCCUCACUCAACUACCCUCCAAAUAUUCCGCCUUGUUGGUCCGCCCGCCACGCUUUGGGAAGACUGCUUUAGUUUCGACUUUCGAGGAGUAUUACGAUGUUCGAGGGGUUGUUACAGACGACCGCUGGGAGCAGCUCGAUGCCUACAAGACCUCGAAAAACUCCUUCGCCAGUCGUGACCGACAUCUUUGCCUGCACUUCUGCUUCCAGAACGCGCUUUUACGGGGUCAAUUGCACGAACUGGAGGAGGAAAUUCGGAUCCAUGUUUGUGCGCAACUAUACGCUUUCCUUUGGAAGUAUUUGACGGAGCUCGGCUUGUCAAAUAUUUCUGAUGCAAUCGAGACUGCCGCUUUGCACGGGGAACCAGAUAUUCGAGCAACGUUUGCCAAGUUUUGGGACAUCGUGAAACAAAGCGGUUAUACUCUCUUUGUUGGGGUGGACGAUUAUGAUGGCCCAAUUCGCUCGCAUGACUUUUUCCCCUUCGAAUCCCACAAUAAUGAGGUCGACCGUCCAGGCUUUCGUGAUGCUAUCGAAGAAAUCAUGGUCCGCCUUUUUUGGCGCCCGCUGCUGGAUGGUAUGGAUAUCAUUUCCAAGCUUCUCGUUACGGGAACCCACCCUCUCUCUUCAUUCACUCGCCAACUCACGGAUUCCGUUUCGAAAUUCAACCUCCAGGAGCUCCCCGAACUCGCUCUUUCUUGUGGAUUCACAGAAGAUGAGACACAAGAUUUCAGCCGCCAAUUUUUUGAAGAUCGAACCCCCAUCAUCAAGUUUCAGGAUUUUGCGGGACAAUAUUGCUUCCCUCCUUAUUUCGGUCCAGAGUUGCUGCUUCACCCACAAGAAAUCAUCUUGCAUGUAGCCGAGUCAAUGGGUCGUGACCAGCCUCCCCUCCUUCCGUUUGCUUCACUGUCUGCGGUGCUCCAAGCUCUUGAAGAGGACGCAGACGAUGCGCGGGUGACUAUCAACGUGCUGGUUGACAUGAUUACGCAAGGCACAAUCGAGACUGGCCAGUAUCAACCCCGUCACGGCCAAGCCUUUGGAGUCGAAACUCUGCGGGACAUGGGUAUUUUAUCUUAUGACGCCAACAAAAAGCUUCGCAUUGCCAACAAGAGAAUUCUCGAUCAGAUGCACUGGGCCGUUUACCCUUGGGCGGAUGCCAAAUUUCGGUUGGGAUAUAAGCUCUUGCCUGCUCUGGCUCUUGAAGGUGGCUUCCCGACCUUGCUGUCAUUAUGCACCAAUGUUCUCCUCGAUCGCACCCGUCGAGCUUUGUCGCGAAAGUCAAACCUCGAACCCACAAUGCAUGGGGUAUUCGAACUUCUUUUCCGCAGUCCGGUCUGCUCGUCUCGUGAUAGUUUUGAUUCGUUCAUUCUGGUGGCUCCGGAACAGCUUCCGUAUUUCGUCGAAGAUGUUGAUCCAAAUGGCCCACCACGCAAAUGGAAGCUUCGCACUCUGGCUCUGCGUGGCCUUUGGAGGGGUUCACAUGCAAACGACGCCAAUCCAAGUUUCGAAGCUCUGACCAUUCUCCACACAGAGCUACAGACGAUGGAUGAAGUCAAAAUCCGCCAGAUGCCGUACCUAAACGAGCAAGGCGUUGUUUCGCAAGUGGAAGAGCACCUUCGAGACGAGCCCGGGAUCCACAUCUUGGUUGCUGUUGGAGGAGCUCGCGUCUUGAUGCCUCAGAUUCAGUCGCCCGAGGGCACUAGUUCUCGCCCUCGUUGUGAAAAAUGCGGUCACGUGGUUAGUUAG